UUAUGUUCUAAGAUAAUAUAUGGGAAUGUGUUUAAUAAAAUAGUAUGCCAACUCCAAAAAGUGGACAUUGUUGUUGUGUAGUAGCAAAUAACUUUUAUGUAUUUGGUGGAUAAUCAAAUACUGAAAUAUUGAAUGAAUUUCAUAGAUUCAAUCUAGAAGAUAAAAUUUGGAGUAAAUUAAAGAGUGAUUCAUAACCAAAUGGAAGAAGUUCAGCAGGAAUGUGUGGUGUUGAUGAUAUUAAAAAGAUUUAUUUAUUUGGUGGUACCUUAUUGAUAGUUGAGAAAACAAGUAAGAAGUAUAUAUAUAAUUCUAUUCAUUUAGUGAUCUCUAUGAAUAUGAUAUUCAAAAAAAUAAUUGGAGUAUUCUAAUGACUUAAACACCAGGACCUUGUGAGAGAUAUGGUCAUUCUAUGAUAAUAUCAAAUUAGUAAUUAUAAUAUUCUAUUGUUUAGUUAGAUAUAUAUAUUUGGUGGUGUUCAUUAUGUAAAAGCAUAAAAUAGAAUGAAUCCUGAAUUUUUAAAUGAUUUAUGGGUGUUUUCCUUAAUUGAUAAAAUUUGGAAGAAACUUGAUGUAUAAUCAAAUUGAUUACCAAGCUUAGGGCAUAAAUUUAACCAUAAGCUAGAUACAGACAUACAACUGCUAUUAUAGGAAAUGAAUUAUAUAUAAUUGGUGGUACUACAAAUUAAAAUCGUUAUGGAUAAAUAGUAAAAACUGAUUUUACUAAUAUGUAAUGGUAAUACUUAGAAUUAGAGGCUUUAAAAAACAAAUCAAAAAAGAAUUUAUUUAAAGGUAGAUUUGGACAUGCUUGUUUUGUAAUUGAAAAUAUGGUUUAUAUUUAUAGUGGUAUGGAUGAUGGAUUAUGUGAUGAUGCAUUAUAAUUAGAUGUGAUAUAAAAUAAAUGGAAGAGUAAAAAGUUUAGAGGGAAUAUACCAACACGUGAAUUUUUUAGUUUUGCUUAGACAUCAAAUCAAUUAUUUAUAUAUGGAGGUAGAACUUAAUAGAAUUAAAGAUUAAAUGAUUUAUAUGUAUGGAAUCACAAUUUAAGAUAAGAGGAAUAGCAAUAUUGUACAUUAAGAUAAGAGAUAGUAAUAAUUAUAUUAUAUUUAAAGUAUUCUUUAUUGGAAAUGAAUUAAAAUUGUAGCGAUUUGACAAUUUAUACUAAAAGUAGUACAUAAUAUGUCUUACAUAAAAGUUUUAUAUAAGUUAGAUGUCCAAUAUUAUUAUAAUUUCAAAAUCUAUAAUUUUCAGAUAUUCUAGUUUAAAUUUUAAUAAAAUAUAUAUAUAAAGCUGAAUUAGCUUUGGAUUUACUUAGUAAAGUUGAAAUUAGAGAGGCUUUAUAAUUUAGUGCUUUCAUAUAAGAUGAUUUAUUUGCAACAGCUAUUAUUUAAUAUUUUCUGAUUGAUUGUAGAGGUCAAAGUGAUUAUGAUUUUAUUGAAAAAGAAUUGUUAUAGAUUUAAAAUAAAGGUAAUUCUAGUGGAUAGAUAAAUUUUCUAUUGAAAAGUGUAUUGUAAAUAUUGGAUUAUAGAAAAUAAAAAUAAUUUGUCAAUUUAUUUCAACAACAAAGAAUAAUAUUUAAUAAUAUUACAAAUUAAAUAAUAAUGAAAUUUUAUCAAGAUAUGAGAAAAUUAUAAUAUCAUUCUGAAACUGAUACAUUAAUUACUGCAUAGGAUAAAUAAAUAAGUGUACAUUCAUUUGUAUUAGUUGCAAGAUCAGAAUAUUUUAGAGAAAUGAUAAAUUUUGAGAAUGGAGUAAUUUAACAAAUUUAAGUUGAUUUUGAUCCAUAGAUUUUAUAAAAUAUUAUCAAUUAUCUAUAUUGUGGAUAUUAAGCAUUGUAAAGAUAAAAUGAAGGUAAUUUUGAUCAUUUAAUAAAUGCAUAUAAAGCAUCAAAUUAUUUUAUGUUGAAUAACUAAACAUUUUUAUAUUUGAUAUAAGAAGGAAUGGCUGAAUUUAUAAAUAAAGAUAAUGUAUAUGAUUUAGCUGAAUUAGCUGAACAAUUGAAUGCAACAUAUUUACUUUAUGAAUGUUGUACCUAUAUAUCUGAAAACUUAAAAGGAGUAUCAUUAUCAGAUUUGAGAAAACUAUCAAAAGAAGUAUUAAUUCGUGUUCUUGAAGUAAUUGGAUAGAAAUAAUGA